GAACAGGGAGAGUCGGAGCGCUGCAGGGCAGAGGGGAGAAAGAAAGUAAAAAAGGAAAGGAGGUAGGGGGGAAAGAAAGAGAAGGGACUCAAGUUUGGGAAAGUAGGAGGAACAGGGGGUGCAUAUUUAAAAAGAAAAAACAGGAAAAAGGUGUGUUAGAGACAACAGAUAGGGAGCAAGGAAAGAGUUUAUUAAGGGCUCAAGGCUUGGGGCUUACUUGUUCCUUUUCCCAGCUGGGCUGUUUUCUAACUUUUGUGAGACCCGUGGCUAUUUUGGUCCGUCAGUGUUGGAGCGGUUUGGGAUGGAUGCCAUCAUGCUGCAAGAAAAACUGGUGGAACGGCUGCUGUGCCCACGAGUGAGAACAGCCAGGCAGAAGGAGAAACAGUAUGUGGGAUUUGCAACUCUGCCUAACCAGGUCCACAGGAAGUCUGUGAAGAAAGGCUUUGAUUUCACGCUGAUGGUUGCAGGGGAGUCUGGUAUGGGUAAAUCCACCCUGGUUAACAGCCUGUUCCUCACAGACCUCUACAAAGACAGGAAGUUACUGAAUGCUGAGGAGCGCAUCAGCCAAACUGUGGAGAUCAUCAAACACACCGUCGAUAUCGAGGAGAAAGGAGUCAAGCUCAAGCUGACCAUUGUUGACACACCAGGGUUCGGAGAUGCCGUCAACAAUAACGAAUGCUGGAAGCCGAUCACAGACUACAUCGAUCAGCAGUUUGAGCAGUACUUCAGGGACGAGAGCGGGCUCAACAGAAAGAACAUCCAAGACAACCGAGUCCACUGCUGCCUCUACUUCAUCCCUCCAUUUGGGCACGGGCUACGUCCAGUGGAUGUUGAGUUCAUGAAGGCCCUGCAUGAAAAGGUGAACAUCAUCCCACUCAUUGCCAAAGCUGACUGCCUCACACCCAAUGAGAUAAAGAAGCUCAAAGACAGAAUACGAGAUGAAAUAGAGAAGUUUGGGAUCAAAGUAUACCAGUUCCCUGAAUGUGACUCUGAUGAGGAUGAGGAGUUUAAACAGCUGGACAAAGAGCUGAAGGAGUGCACCCCCUUCGCUGUGAUUGGCAGUAAUACAGUGGUGGAAGCUCGAGGGCAGAGAGUGAGAGGGAGGCUGUACCCAUGGGGCAUUGUUGAAGUGGAGAACCAGUCACACUGUGACUUUGUGAAACUGAGGAACAUGCUGAUUCGCUCACACAUGCACGACCUUAAAGACGUGACCUGUGACGUCCACUAUGAAAACUACAGAGCACAGUGCAUACAGGAGAUGACCAGUAAACUGGCUCAGGACAACCGUAUGGAGAGUCCCAUCCCCAUCCUGCCGCUCUCCACCCCAGAUGUGGAGACUGAAAAGCUUAUCAAAAUGAAAGAUGAGGAGCUUAAGAGGAUGCAGGAGAUGCUGAAUAAGAUGCAGCAGCAGAUGCAUGACAAAGAACAGUGAUGUCUCCCUCAGCAGAUCUGUGCUGCAGCGCCCCCUGCUGUUUCUCCCCUUGAACGACAGACGAACAUGGCUAUGACGUGUUAGUGGUGACUCUGGCUGUGCAUUUCUCCUCAGUUUGGUGCUUGUAUAGUGUGUCUGCCUGGAGGGUUGUUUGCCAGAGGGAGUUUUUUUCUUCUCUGAAAAUAUCUGUAUCCCGUUUUGAGCCCUCUCUCCGCCCCUGCUGUGGUUUAACAGUCUUAACAUAUAUAAUAUAAAUGCGUAAUUUAAAUUACUACUCAGUGUAUCUAAUUUAUAAAUGCAAUGCUAAACUUUUUGGAUAUUUUGUCAGGGUAUAUGAACAUGUGUGCUACAAGAUGUUUUGUAAAGAAAUUGAGUUUGUUGUUGAUGUUGAAAUCUGAACAUGGAUAUUGUUUUUUUAAUAUGUGUUUGUGAGUGUGUGUUUGGAUGCCUUAGCUUGUGUAUCUCAUGAAAUUUAAUCCAAUAUUAACCAAUUAUCCGUCCAUAUAACUCCUGUUUUUCCCUUUGACCUCAUACUUUGUUCUUUUGCUCUCCGAUCUUCAUAAAAACCUUCAUGUGAUGUUUUUUUUUUCACAUAUGGCAAGUUAAUAUAUCCUCUCUCAGCAUUUUUUACAUGCUGGCUGAGCUGGAAAUGCACUUAUUGCCAGUGGCUUACUGUGAAUGGAGAGCCUUUGACAUAACGAGAGGGUCGGAGCAGUGCAGGGUGCAUGUGCAAGCAUGCUGCCAUUACUCCUGCCAUUACUCCUAUCUGCUUAUUGCUGAGGGCCUAUUUUUACUGCUUCAUAGUGGAUGCCCUGUGCUUGUUUUCAAAAGUAUCAUGAUCUACAGUCUGCUCUGUUUUUUUAAAAAGAUAAGGAGAGAAUACUGUGUCUCUGCUUCAGUUUUAAUUUCCCCUGAAAGUGAGCCGCUGCAUUCUGCCAGUGAAGAUGUGUGUUCUGAGUGUGUUCAAAACAUUCAACUGUGUGUAUGUGUGCGUGUGUUUGCUGAAGCUGAGAAACAGUACAUAUUUUGCCUGAAGGUUGUGAGCUCAGCCUGUGCCCUGUUUAUAAAGGUGUAACAAUAAAUUCUUGUUUCUCGUUG